CCUGGCCUCCUCCCCAAUACGAAUAUAGAGUCCCGCCCCUGGUAGCUUGUCUCCCGGGUUAAUAUACCCCUGUUUGAACUUGCUUGCAUAAGUGAAGGUGGCACUCCAUCAUUUGCUUCCGCGGAGACUAACACCCUCGGAGAAAAAGCUAAAGACUACUCCAUGGAAAACAAAGGAGUUGGCCAGAAGAAGAAGAAGAAGAACAGCAAGGGUAAUUAAGCUGACUUUGGCAUCGGCUCUCUCUUGUUAGGUUAUUAUUGAGGCGAAAACAGUUCUUUCAGUACUCUGUUUCCUCGCCAUUUUCCCAUUUUCAAGAAGAUCCUGAGCUCGAUCUGGUUUAGUAUCAAGUUCAGAAAAAUGGAUUUGAGCAAUGGUGAGGGAGUUGGAGCUGUAAAGGCAGCUGGGAAAUCCAAUGACCAUGAAGGAGACAGUGCUUUAAAAAAGUCUAAUUCUAAAGAGAAUGCCUUGGGGUUCAAGGUGAAUGAUUUUGGUAGCAAGGAUAUGUUUUUCAGAGCAGAUACGAUUGAUUUCAAGAGCUUGGAUAUCCAGCUGGAGGAGCACUUGAGCCGGGUUUGGCCGAGGGAGACGGAAGUGCAGACGUACAAGGAAGAGUGGGAAAUUGAUUUGUCUAAGCUGGAACUAAGAUAUCUUAUAGCUCAUGGGACUUAUGGGACUGUAUAUCGAGGUAUUUAUGGUGGCCAAGAUGUUGCAGUGAAGAUAUUGGACUGGGGGGAGGAUGGUAUUGCCACAGCUGCUGAAACUGCUACUCUUCGGGCAUCGUUCCAGCAAGAAGUUGCCGUUUGGCAUAAGCUUGACCAUCCAAAUGUUACAAAGUUUAUUGGAGCUUCCAUGGGAACUUCAAAUCUUAAAAUACCUUCGAAUAGUGCAUCAAAUGAAGGUCAUAAUUCUCUUCCAUCCAGAGCUUGUUGUGUAGUUGUUGAGUACCUUCAAGGGGGGACUUUAAAGAAAUUUUUAAUAAGGAAUGUGAGAAAGAAACUUGCCCUUAAGGUUGUGAUUCAAAUUGCUUUGGAUCUCUCUAGAGGGUUAAGUUAUCUUCAUUCCAAAAAGAUUGUUCAUCGUGAUGUUAAAACAGAAAAUAUGCUGCUAGAUGCUCAAAGAACUGUGAAAAUUGCUGAUUUUGGCGUUGCUCGAGUUGAAGCCCAGAACCCAAGGGACAUGACUGGGGAAACUGGAACCCUUGGAUACAUGGCCCCAGAGGUUCUCGAUGGUAAGCCUUACAAUAGGAAAUGUGAUGUCUACAGUUUUGGUAUAUGCUUGUGGGAGAUCUAUUGCUGCGACAUGCCUUAUCCUAAUCUUAGUUUUGCAGAAGUUUCAUCUGCAGUUGUGCGACAGAACCUUCGACCAGAAAUCCCAAGAUGUUGUCCAAGUUCAUUGGCGAGCAUUAUGCGAAAAUGCUGGGAUGCAAACCCAGAGAAGCGUCCUGACAUGGAUGAGGUGGUGAAGCUGUUAGAAGCAAUAGACACGAGCAAGGGAGGUGGCAUGAUUCCUGAAGAUCAGGUUCAUGGUUGUUUCUGUUUCAGCACAGCUCGUGGCCCCUAGUAUCAUAAAUGUGCAAAUGAAGUUAGUUUUGCAGCACUUUUUUAAAACAAGUAGUUCACAGUUUUCUGCAUAAACAGAAAACAAAAGAGCCAAUUAGGAAUUUGUGGUCCAUAUGAGAUCUUACUCAUUUAAUGCUUGGAUAUUGGAGGGGCAACAAUACAUUGUUGUAAUUAUUUUAUUGCA